CUUUGUUCUUCACUAAUAAAUGACAGUGGCCUCAGGUUGCUGUUCAUAGUGACAAGCAAGUGUGUUACUGACUGGCCUGCUGUGUAGAAUCCAGGCCAUUGACAGUAGGUGACAGCCCAGCUGAGGUUAAUCGAAGUCUUAUCCCAGGCUCUGCUGUAAGUCUGGCCUCUUGGCCUCACAUCUUCUUUGCAGGAACCUUCCCUAUCUCCAGCUUCCUCAGCUGGUCAGGAAGAUAUGGACCAGAACUGGAAGCUUUAAUAAUCUGAGCAGGUAAGAGAGGAAUGAAAUACACAGUCUUGGACAUUGACCAAGGGUCUUACAGAGGCUGUCAAGUGUUCAUGGGAGACACCAUGUCCUGGUUCUUGGCCCUGAAGAGCCUCCAUGCUGUCUGCAUCAUCUCUCACCUAUCUGUCAGCUCUGCAGAGAGUUAUGUUUGUACACAAAAACCGUGCCUUAAUGGAAGAUGUGAUCCAAAUCCAAAAACGUGUGAAUCCUCGAAAGGGUGUUUCUCUGAACGGCAGGAAUUUGAAGACUCAAGAGAGAAUAAUACUUGGGAGCAGAAAGGCUGUUCUGAAGACAGUUGUACUGAUCUAGCAUUCUCCGCAACACUGGGGAAGUGUCAGGUGUUUAGAUAUGACCGUCGCUGCUGCUACACUAAACACUGUAACGAAGAGCUCAUUAAGGUGCCUUCAUUGUCUACAGAACCCAAUGGUGUUGAGUGUCCUGCCUGUUACAGUGAAAGCGGUGGCAGCUGCAGACAAGUUUCCCUAAAGUGCACAGGGGAGGAGACGAUGUGUGUUAACGUUACUGGCCGAGUAUUGCUACCGAACCAAUUCCUCACUGAGAUGCAUGCCAUGGGCUGUGCAACCAGGACCGCCUGCAACCUGAGGAACCUGACCAUCCUGAACAAUAUUAAAAUCAACACCUUCUGUGUCAGUGCAAGCCCUCCACUCAGGCCUAUCUUAUCUGUUCUGAUGAGUCUUUUCCUAAUGAAAGCCUUGCUUUGAUCCUUUGGGGACUGUCAGACUUAUGAUCUUUCACAUUCAAAAACACCAACAACCUUUUGUGACUCCUUCACCCAACAGAGGAGAAAUAAAAACCAGUGCUUGUUUGUACUUUA